AUGCCUCGAAGACUUGUCGCUCUUGCGGCGGCGGCAGCAGCAGUAGCAGGGUAUGUACGUAUAUAUAAUAUAUACAUAUAUAUAUGGAGAUGUAUAUAGAGAAAAAGCGAGAGAGAAAAUAAGAAAAGGACGGCGGAAGGGCGCCAGGGUAGUCGGGCGCGAUGAGGCGUUGCAGUGAGGGGAAGGCAGCGGCAACGCCGGUUCAAUACUCGGUAAUCAAAUUGUCGUGCACGGGGGCGCCGUGUCGGAGAGCUUAACUAUUAACCCGCGCGGCGUCGGGCCGCUAAACAAUAAACAUGGCGACCGUGGUGUAGCCAGGCGGCGACGACCCGCGCGGUGCGCACGCGCCCGGUGCACUAUUUCAUCUCUAACUCUUUCCGGUUGGUCCCGGCCUUACACCGCCCCGGACACCCGGCCGCCCCGGAGGGGUGUGACAGUGUCGGCCGGCGACCAAGAUUAAGCCUCUCCGGGUCGAACCUCAACCCCCGAGCCGAGCCACCCUCGGCCGCCGCCGCCGCCGCCGCCGCCGCCGCCGCUGCUACCGCCUGCAACCCGCCGCCACCGCCGUUGCCGUCGCCGUCGCUUGCCGCCGAACGCUACGGUUACGCCGCGCCGCGACUUUUACCGGCCGACGAGUUAAGCUCCGAGACCCGGGGCAUAAGCCAAACGCGAACCGGAUACGUCACUCGUAUAAUACGUACGUAUACGCGCAACAAUCUGAUUUUUACGCCGCGGUGUUCACAUUUGUUUUUGGACUUUUUUUUUUUCUUUUAGAAAACCGUGCCGCACGUUUCUCCGGUAUAUUUCGUAAAACAUUGCCGCUAACGUUUUGGACAUUUUCAACACAAUAUUUUAUACCUAGUGGAAUAUCGACGGUAUCUUGCCGCCAAUAG